ACCAAUAAUAUAGUUGACUGAUCCACUCCAGCAGUUGUAAACAUUGACAUGGCAGACCUGUUGUGUUCCUCCUCUCUCCUCUCUCACUAGCCAUCAUGGUGUUAAUGGUGACCUAAGCAUAUUAUAAAAUGGAGCAAGAAGACGAGAACAUCUCACUGUUGCUCAAUAUGGGGUUUCCCGAUGUACGAGCCAUCAAACGGGCCCUUAAGUUGAGUAAUGGAGAUGUUAACGAGGCGGUGAUCUUCCUGACGGAGCAGCCGCUGUCCUCCUACACCACCGUCGACGACCUCCGGGACGUGGAGAUGGCCGACCCCGCCCACAGACCUCCUACCUAUGAUGAGGUUGGUGGAGACAAUGGCAACAGCAUGGAGUUUCCCACCACGAACCUGUAUGAACUUGAGAGCAGAGUGUUUACUGACACCUGGUCUAUACCUUACAAAAGAGAAGAAUCCCUUGGAAAGUGUCUGGUUGCAGCAGCGAGAUUGGCUGAGGAAGGUCUCUGUGAUGCAGAUGAGUCCUGCCAUCGUUUCAUGGAUCGGUGCCUUCCUGAAUGUUUUCACAAACUUCUAGCAAAUGGAGCAGUUCGUCGAUGGGGUUUAGAAAUUCAAGAGGGUGUGUUCAAUAUGCUCGACUUGCUCACGAACCUUGUUAUUGUUAGGCUCAAGCAUGGGUCAGUUCCAGAGGCCUUACUCAAGGAUGUCUUUGCUCUUGCCUUGGAUUCUGAUUGUGAGUGGAACCAGAAGAACAAACAUCGGCCAGCUGAAUUUACUGGAGAUGUCAUCUAUGCAGAAUCUACCUCACAGUUUGAAUCAUAUGGAUGGCUGAUGGACCUCAUCAAUAUUUUUGGCAAUCGUGGAGGCCUUGAACUCGUCGCAGGUCACUUUUCCUCUGGAGAAGAACUUGACGCAGGUCAGAUGGCUGCCUUGCUUCUUCCUCUAGGGCAGUGUGCUAAGUUCUUGAUCAUGGAAGUGACUUGUCCUAUCCUUCUACCAGCCGUUACUCUGGCUCUUCAAUAUGUGGCCACUCUGGAGGAGAAGCAACUGAAGGGUCAAAAAAUAGGCUCCUGUUAUGAAUUGUUAGAAGCUGUACGACUCCUCUGUGUAUCUCUGUGGCCUGAAAAGGUUCAGCGGACGAGUGAUCUGAGAUUGGAAAUGAUCAUUCGCAUGCUAAAAACACCUCAUUUUUCGGCACGCAUGAAUGCGUUAAAGGAGCUGGCCAGACUUAUUGAAGAUAGUGAAAGGCGUCGAGGCAAUGUCAUUGAUGCAGAUAUCAUACAAGAAUGGAUGACAAGCAAACGUGUGCUCUCACUUGCACUAGAAGGUAACAUCGACCAAGUCCAGUAUACAGAUCGCAUGAAGGAGCUUGUGGAAUUUAUGGGACCGAAGUUGCAAGAAGAGGAACUGUCUCGCAUCUGGUACAUGGCAGAGAAGGCCAGUCCUCACGUGGUUGACAACAUUCAUCGAAUAAUGGCAGCUGCUGCCACACGUUUCAGUCCUCAUCAAUUUGAUCAUCUCUUAAGUCUAAUCAGAAAGAGUUGGGAUGAUGGAAAUGAUCGUCUACGUGAAAAACUCCUAUCUUUUAUCGGGAAAAUUGGCCAAGAUUCCCGCUUAGGUCGAACUGCAGAGAAAAUGUUGGAUGCCCUUUGGGCACUUGCCCGUGUUCCUGCCUUACCACCAAGACUAGUGCAUCAGGCAAUGAAUGAACACUUAACCAUCCUCAAUGAAUCUGCUACUAGGGACCAGCUCCGUAAGUCAUAUAUUGUUCGUUGUGUGGAAGACAUCAAGAGAAGCCCUGCUGUUUACCUGCCACUCAAACAGUUGCAUUAUUUGGCCCAGUCAAUCACAAAAGGAGGGGCAUCCUACUUUAAAACAGAGAAGGCAACCCUGUCUGAACUGAAUCGCAGCCAUGAAAUCGUUAAGCUUAUUACACUGAGUCUUGGGAAAUGUCAUGCUUUAGCAGUGUCCACCUGUGGUAACCAACAACCUCCUCCAUCUACACUCAUUGAUGGCAAAUACACUCAUGAUGAUUACCUGAGGGUUCACCUAGAGUUUCUUCAGUUUUUGCUAAAGGAGGGCGAUAUUUAUCUAGCUUGGCCACGGUGUAAGGACAUCUGGGACACACUAGUCGCAAACUCCAAAGCUUCUGGUUAUGAUAAGGAGACUUGCUUUGCAUGGUUUAGUGGAUGUCGCGGUGACCUAGAAAGCAGCACUCAGCGUGACCUGUUUUGUGAGAAGCUUCUCCGCCUCGACCCGGUCACCAUGACACGUGCUGCUUUCACUUGCUUUGUGGAUUAUUUUCAUGCAGUGAACCUUAAUGACCAUAAACUUAUUCGGAAUGGAAAUGUAAUUGUUGUAGAUAAACUUGAACCCCUUGGAAUGGAGUUUAUAUGGCAGCUUGUUCUAGAGUGUCAAGAGGAGCAACUUGCAGAAGAAGCUAUGAAGCUUUUAUUAGACAUGUCAUACAUGUCUCUCUCUGCUCGGCUUAGACGCGACCCCCCACAGCUUCAUGCCAAAUUCAUCUCUGAAUGUUACAGAAAGUUAGAGAAAUCUAUGCUGCGUGUAAAUGAAACUGCAGUUGGUGCUGCUGUCUCCACAGCCACGAAAACAUUAACAGCUAUGGCAGUCUCAGACCUUGGAGGACUUCCCACCACAUCUAGAAAUAGUUGCAUCCAGCACAUUCGUCGAGUGUUGGUGUUGGCAGAGCGCUAUGUUAGCAGCAUUGAGGAGCAACAUCCUGCCCCAAGGUCUCUCCCUCCACAUGGUGCCUCUUUCACUGGCAUGCCGGUGAUCCUCCACGUUUCCUGUGAUUCAAACAAGAUGGAUAUGAAUUUUGAGUGCCACAGCAAUGAGCGCCUUGGUUUAGUUCGUGGAAAAAUUGCCAAUUACGCCCGUGUGCCAUUAGACCAAGUGCAGACUCUUUCAUUUGGGGAAAUUGGUGGUGGAAUUCUGGUGAAUGGUGGGGAGCAAGAUAACCGUCUCCUGCACCAGUUAGGUGUCACCACAAAUACAUCUCUUGCAGCUAAGAUCAAUAUAUCUAGUGCUGCUCAGCUCAAAGAGGUUGGUGAUACUUGGGAUGAAUUACCAGGUACUGCCAGUUAUUGUGAUACAGGUGAAGAAGGCAGCUCUGAUGGUGCUGGGGGCUCUGGGGCAGCAAGUGGAGCAUCUGCUGGACCCUCUAGAUUAGGGGUGAGAUCAUUUUCAGCAGCAGUAGGUGAUGGGCAUGGCAGUCAGUACAACUUGGACCAAGAGAAGCAGUUACCAGGUGUAGUCAUGGCCAGCCAGGGUCGUGAUGUCUUUUCAAUGCUGUACCAGCUGGCUCAACUAGAAGAGUCUAGGAUUGUGGAUGCUGUUCGACGCGUCCUUUACCUGGUGCCUACAGACCCAAACGUUGCUGACAAGUUUGAUUCAAUAUGUAGCGCUGGAAUUGCCACCUCUGAUGCAAGCCCAAGGACCACACCAUACGGCUCCCCUGCCAAGAGAGAUAAGAUCCGAGAUAAAGAGAAAGAUAGAGAAACUGGGAGAGAGGUUUUACGGCGUCUGCUUGAUCUCAAUGCUGCCGAUAUGACACCAUUUAGACUUUUGUACAACAUGGAGGUCCUUUCAGGGAAGAUAAUGCCAGUAUCAGUAGAGGGCAGUAUGAACAGUAAUGCUCAUUUCUGUGAAGAAUUCCUCAUGUGUGGUGGUCUCAGCCUCAUCACAGCAUUGCUACAGAAGGACUCACUCCCUCAGGAAGUGGAUUAUGAGAUACGCCAAAGUGUUUACUUAAUAACUCUGCAAAUUUUAAGAUAUUUACUGUGUGGGUCAACACCAAGAGGACAAGAGGUUCCUGUCAUCGGUCAACAGCCUCACCCGGGUCCACCAAAACGUUCAGCUCUCGACUCAUCAGCUCAAGCCAGUCCUCCCCCUAUAUCAUUUUCUUCUCUUACACCCAUUAUUGCUAAUAGGGUCAUACUGGGAUUUAGUGCAGAAGAAUGGAGCGAGAUGGUUUCAAACUUGAUGAGGGUCUCAUGGGCUGGUGCUGCAGGGAAACUGUACCUCUCAUCAGCAACAUUGACCAUGCGUGACCCAACACUCUCCCCACCAGAAAACUGCAAGUCCUCCAGACAGAGCAGUACAGGUAGUGCCCACAGCUCAAGCAGUGACAGUGAAGGGGUGCUGCAGUGUGGUGUAUGUGUACAGCAGACAACAAUAUCACCCACUGAUUCUCUCAUAGCCUCGCAAGCUCUCCAUCUCCUUGUAGCCUGCCUAAGAUUCCGUCCUCAGCUCAUAGAUCGGUGGUAUGGAAUGGUAAAUGUGAAAGAUUUUAUCGUGGAGGUUUUAGUUGGCUGCAGUAGUCAAGAAGUGCGAGAAGUUACCUACCAACAGUUCACCAACCUUAUCAACAUGUCCACACCAUCGGAAGUUCAUCCCAAACAAUUUCUUACUCAGGUGCUAUUGAAAGCCCCUCUUCCCUUAUGGGUGCCUUCCACUAGUGCUCGGGGUGCAACGCUCAAACUUCUAUCACAGUGUACCCAAUACUUCAGUCUCAGGUCAAAGUUAUUAUCUGGACUUUGUGCCAAAGACCAGGAAUUCCUUGGAAUUAGUGCUCAUCAAAUGUUAGAAGAUGAAACAGGAUGGCUCACAAACUUCACAGCCACCCGAGAAGCUGCCCGAGAGAGACCAGAGUCUGGCAUCUCAUCUUUGCGCCAUGCUGAUAAUGUCCUGUUGGCUGGCCAUCUGACGCUUAUUACAGCUUUAUUGUCUUGUGAAGGCAUUAACAAAGAAGAAACUGGUGCUACACUUAUUCCUCUACUUGUUUUUGAAUACCUGUUCCCGGCCUCCAAGUUAGUGUUGGAGGGAGGAUCAGAACAGGAUUCACUAAGUGCCAGCAGAAAUUACUGGGCCAAGUGCACUGGGAAGGAAUCUCGGUUAGCAGCCUACCAGCUCCUGGUUCAUCUGGUCACACAGUCACAACAUCAUCUUAAACAGCACUAUCUUUGCUGGUCAUCUCGUCUCUGA